AUGUCUUCAAAACUCAAGGAACGGAAAAAGAUCCCCAUUUCGCACAAAGUGAUCGAAAAGAGGAGAAGGGACCGGAUCAACCGCUGCCUAAACGAACUGGGGAAAACCGUGCCCAUGGCCUUGGCCAAACAGAGUUCCGGCAAGCUAGAGAAGGCGGAGAUUUUGGAGAUGACGGUGCAAUACCUGAGGGUCCUUCACUCCGCGGAUUUCCCCCGGGGAAGAGAAAAAGAACUUCUAGCUGAAUUUGCCAACUACUUUUAUUAUGGCUAUCAUGAAUGCAUGAAGAACCUAGUUCACUACCUGACCACAGUGGAGAGAAUGGAGACCAAAGACACCAAGUAUGCUCGGAUUCUGGCUUUCUUGCAAUCCAAAGCUCACUUUAUCACAGAACCUCUCUAUGCCUCCUUGGGAUCUCUUCCAGAGUCAGACUUUUCCUACCAGCUUCCUCCAGCUCCAGACUGCUUGGGUCAAGGCACUAAUGAUCCUGUUUUCUCACAAGCAGCUGGGCACGGUCACUUCUCCUGGCACGGUUCCACCAGAAAUCCCACCAUUCCUUACCUUCCCAAUACCAGUAUGCCUCUCACUAAUCCAGGACAGCAGCGCAACACUUUCUUGCCAUCGGUACAAGGGCUGGAUCGCCACUACCUCAACCUGAUUGGCCAUUCCCACCCCAAUACUUUUAGCCUGCCUCCUGGCCAACAUCCGUCUGUGUUGUAG